UUACAUCUUGUAAUAAUACUUCUGUUGUUGUUGUGAGACAAAAACAAGUAUAGCCAAAUAACAACAGUAUGUUUAUUUUUAGUUCUAAAUUAAAACAAAACGAGGGCUUUGCCUAAACCCUAAAGAGCUCAUUUUUUAAUUUUGCCUCCCUCAAUUUGGAUAAUUGGAUCUUUGAGUCUUCUCUAAUUCUCUAUGGAGAAAAAGGUCACACUUUUAACAAUCUAUGAGAAGGUGGGUCACUGAUUGAUGAAUGAAUUUGCUCUUCUUCCUCGCUCAAUCGUAAGUUUAGUAGAAAUUUUCAGAGUCUUCUUCUCGAAUAGAAACGGAUAGUUGGGGUAGAAUCGCUUUUACACUUCUGGGAUUUGUUGGUUCUGCUCUUCUUGUAUUCGCAUUUUCUUUGUCAUGUAUUCUGUGAUACUCCAUGGAAGAAGGUUGGUACAGUUGCAGAAAUGGCGUCAUUUGAGAUUUGUUGUGCAAAAUGGAUCAGCUUUUUCUAAUUCCUAUUCUUCUGCUAGUGCUACUGAUUUGAGCUCAAGAGAUGGUCGAAAAGUGAAGAACUUUACUGUCUCUUACCUCGUUGAUUCAUUGGGUUUAGCUACAAAACUCGCUGAAUCAAUCUCAAAGAAAGUCAGUUUCGUGAACAAGGGCAAUCCUGAUUUAGUUCUGAGUCUUUUUAGAAGUUAUGGGUUCACAAAUUCUCAGAUCUCCAGCAUCAUUACGGAUUAUCCUAGAUUGCUUCUAAUAGAUGCUGAGAAAUCACUUGAUAUCAAGCUUCAGUUUUUGGAGUCUAGAGGAGCUUCAAGCCCUGAGCUCACUCAGAUUGUUUCUACAGUUCCUAAAAUAUUGGGAAUGAAAGAGGGAAAGUCUCUAGGCAGAUACUAUGAUUUCGUCAAAGAGAUUAUAGAAGCAGAUAAGAGUUCCAAGUACGAAACUUUGUGUCAACCUUUGCCAGAGGCUAAUAGGCAGGGUAAUAAAAUCAGAAAUGUUUCGGUUCUUAGAGACUUGGGUGUGCCUCAGAAGUUGUUAUUCUCCUUGCUCAUCUCUGAUGCCCAACCUGUUUGUGGAAAAGAAAAUUUUGAAGAAUCACUCAAGAAGGUUGUUGAGAUGGGUUUUGAUCCAACCACCUCAAAGUUUGUCCAAGCUCUUAGGGCUGUUUACAGAUUCACCGACAAAACAAUAGAAGAAAGAGUUAAUGUGUAUAAAGGGUUCGGCUUUGCUGUGGAAGAUGUAUGGGCAAUGUUCAAGAAAUGUCCUUACUUUUUGAAUAGUUCGGAGAAGAAGAUUGGUCAGACAAUUGAAACCCUGAAGAAGUGUGGACUACUCGAAGACGAGGUCAUCUCAGUGUUGAAAAAGUAUCCGCAGUGCAUUGGUACUUCAGAGCAGAAGAUAUUGAACUCCAUUGAAAUAUUUCUAGGCCUAGGCUUCAGCAGAGAUGAGUUCAUAACAAUGGUUAAGCGCUUUCCUCAGUGUCUUAUUUUAUCUGCAGAGACGGUGAAGAAGAAGAUUGAGUUUGUGGUGAAGAAGAUGAAUUGGCCACUGAAGGAUGUGGUUUCAAAUCCUACGGUACUUGGAUACAACCUGGAGAAGAGGACUGUCCCAAGGUGUAAUGUUAUUGAAGCUCUCAUGUCAAAAAGACUUCUCGGAGACACAGGAAGUGAACUCCCUCCAAUGUCGUCUGUUUUGGUAUGUACUGAUGAGUUGUUCUUAAAAAGGUAUGUGAGGAACCAUGGUGACAAGGAGCUGGUGCUUGAGUUGAUGACUAUUUACACCAGAGGUCGUGUAUCAUCAUAGAUCAGAAGGAUUUUCCUUUUAUUUUUGGAGAUUUGAAACCUUGAUAUUAGACUUUAAAAGCAAUCCGGUUUGGAAAAGUAACUUUAAAUUGUAAUUUUGAAUCUUUUUUUCUGAUAUAUUACUAAGGUUUGCAUCAUAGAAACAGAAUUGUUGCAAAAUCACAGACUUGUGAAUUCAAACUAUGUAUUUGCUGAUUUAAAUCUUCUGAAUUUUUGGUG